AUGUUAUCUUAUAUUUGGAAUAGUUCUAGUUAUAAGGAUAUAAAAGUCAUUUUAUAUAUUAAGACAAAAUUCUUAUGGAUUAAUAAAACUACAAGAGGACUUAAAACACAAGUUAAGAGAUUAAAUAUUAGUAAUUCAGAUGAUAAUCAAGUUAUUGGACGUUUUGAUGGAUUAUUCAUGACAUCAGAUAUAUCACCAGGGUCUAUUUUCAUGUUACCACAUGGUACUCGAAUAUAUAAUAGAUUACUAGAAUUUAUGAGGAUUUAUUCUAGAAUUUAUGGAUAUGAAGAAGUAAGAAGUCCUAUGAUUUAUAAAAAAACUCUUUGGGAAAAAAGUGGCCACUUGGAAAACUAUAAAAAUGAAAUGUUUCAAGUGAAGGGUAGAGGAACUACAGAAAAUGAUAAAAAAGGUUCAUAUUGUUUCCAGGAUGAAGAAUAUGGGUUAAAACCAAUGAAUUGUCCUGGACACUGUCUUAUGUAUUCAUCAAUGGAAAGAUCAUACCGAGAUUUACCUAUUAGAUAUGCAGAUUUUGGGACUUUACACCGUGGAUUAACAAGACUUCGUCAAUUUCAUCAAGAUGAUGCACAUAUUUUUUGUAGAAGAUCACAGGUUUUUGAUGAAAUAUCAUCAAUUUUGAAUAUGAUUAAGACGAUAUAUUCAAUAUUUAAGCUUUUUUCAUAUGAAUAUUUUCUAUCAACUAGACCUCCAAAAUUUAUUGGUACUUUAGAAGAUUGGGAAGAGGCAGAAAAGGCAUUAAAGCAGGCACUGGAUGCAACGAAGCAACCAUGGUCUUAUAAUGAUGGAGAUGGUGCUUUUUAUGGGCCCAAAAUAGAUCUUUUGGUGGCAGAUAAAAUUGGUAAAAAACAUCAAAUGGCUACAAUUCAAUUAGAUUUUCAGCUUCCUUUAAGAUUCCAGCUUAAAUACAGAUCGCCUUUUAAAGAUAAUACAGAUAAUAUUUCUAAAGAUAUUUCUGUUAUGAAAACUCCAGUAAUUAUACACAGAGCUAUUUUUGGUUCCAUAGAAAGAAUGAUGGCAUUAUUAUUAGAGUAUACAAGCGGACGAUUGCCAUUUUGGCUAAGUCCUUGUCAAGCAAUAAUUAUUCCUGUUGGUAAAAAUAAUAUAGAAUAUGCAAAUGACGUUUAUUAUCAAAUAUCUGGGUUAGAAAGUGAUAAAAAUACUAUUCAAUCAAUGUAUAAAAGAAGGUUUUAUGUAGACUUAGACUUAAGUCAAAAGACACUAGCUAAAAUGGUUCGAAAUGCACUAGGAAAAGCAUAUAAUUUUAUCAUUAUUGUAGGUAAUAGGGAAUUGGAAACGAAAACAGUUUCUAUUAGAAGUAGAGAUAAUGAAAAACAAGAAAUUAUGCAGCCUAAAGAAGUAUAUAAUAUGUUUUUAAAACUAGAAUCAUCAUAUGAAUAA